AUGGCUUUACUUGGAUGUUUUACUGUUGCUGCAACAAUUUCUGAAGAUCUUAUAUCUCAAGAUAUUAGAAAAAACCUAUUGCUUGCCUCAAUGAUCCUUGGAUUUAUUCAUUUAACUUUUGAAAUUCAAGAUCCUUGGAAAAUCACAACUACUUAUACUACUUCUGAUCAAGUAGGGUCAACUGAUCCUAAUCCAUUCAUAAUUCAAGCCCCUGAUGAAAAUACAAACUUGUUCAGUGAUUAUGGUACCUCUCUUUUUGCGAUAUAUUUAUUUUUAGCAGGAGAUUCGAGCGCUUUAACCCCAUGGCCAUAUAAAGAUAAUAAAAUACUUGUCUUAUUGAUGGUUUCAUUCUCUUUCUUGGUCGUCAUAUAUCUCAUGAAUUUGUUUAUCGGGUUACUUAAUAACGAGAUCGAAAAGGAUAACAAUAAAGUCUCGUAUUUGUUACAAAAAGCGAGGAUUUUAGCAGAGAUUGAGUUAUUUUACUUACUUCCAUAUCAAAGACGUAGGGAAUCCUGGUUUCCUGAUGUAAUCUAUUAUCAUGCCGAUGUUGAUGUGGUGCGUAGAAGGGUUAAUGAACUAAUUAAGGAUAAUGAAUGGGGUUCUGUUGAAUUUCCAGAGAUGAAUAAAAAACUAUUAGAUCAAAUAAAAAUUCAAAAAUAA